GAGAGGGAGACGGGGUGAGUGGAUUAUAACUCCGGUCCCUUCCUUGUUCUUUAUAUUAAAUCACCUGCCUUCCUUGUGUUCUCUUCCUUAUCUAUCCGUUACGAGUCGUCAUGGUGACCGUAGUGGUAGUGGAGAACAUCUUCCUCUUGGUCAUCGUCACCCUCUUCAGCGUCCUGCAGAAUGCUUUCUUCGCAACUAAGGUUGAGAGGGAGGGUAAAGUGCAAAACACCCAAACAUCUGCUUUUAAAAGAGUGUCAUGUGCCAACCGUAACUGCAUGGACUCCUACCCUACCUUCCUGGCUGUUAUGUGGUGUGCCGGACUGUGCCUUAACCAAGCUCCUGCUGCCUUCGCAGGACUCAUCUACCUAGUGGCCAGACAGAAGUACUUUGUUGGGUAUAUGGGUCAGACAUCACAAAGCACUCCGGGCUACAUGUUUGGGAAGCGCGUCCUGUCCUUCCUGUUCGUGAUGUGCAUUGUGGGUAUCUUAAACUUCCUGCUGAUGCGUUACAUUGGCAAUGACUAUAAGGAGACUGUGGAAAUGAUCACCAAUGCUGCAUCCACUCUGCUCCUCAUCCCAUGAACCUCCACUCGGCUCCUCAUCCCAUGAACCUCCACUCUACUCCUCAUCCCAUGAACCUCCACUCUGCUCCUUGUCCCAUGAACCUCCACUCUGCUCCUUGUCCCAUGAACCUCCACUCGGCUCCUCGUCCCAUGAACCCCCACUCUUCUCCUCGUCCCAUGAGCCUGUGUUUGAGAGAGGUACUAGGGUAGUAACUAUAAGGUCUAUGGUAGAGUUCGGCAAUGAGUGGCCCGCAGGCUGAACAUCCUGCAGGGGAUUUUCUUUGCCCCUCCCCCUAUCAUGUAUUGCCCCCCCCCCCUCCCCGAUCGUUUAUUUUAAACAUGGAUUAGGGGAAACAACAAAACAAAUCACUGGUAUUCAAUAAAGAAAAUCUUCAUUAUAACAAAUCUUUUCCCAAGUGUUCCCAGAAAUAAAUAAAACAUGUGUACAGUAUA